AUGCCUAAGCAAAAGGGCUAUUCAAGCCAACCCGAAGUUGUGGUAAAACCCCUGACGGCAAAGGAUGUCACCCUCCAACCUCUAAUAAUGUACUGCAACGAAAGUGGACGCCAUGUCAAAAGCAGCUCGUUGCAUCAGACAUGGUUCACCGGCGCCAUUAAAGUGUGGGACAGCUUCGAGGACGAGGUUACCCAUACUUUUUCGAAAGUUAUAUGGCUCCAAUACCCGGACACCAUCGCGUAUGACCUACCAAAAGCUGGAAUUAGUGAAUUCCAUAUAGGCGCCAGCGAACAUUUCCUCUGUGGGGAGGAGAUUUCAGUCAGCGGACGAUGGGUUCAGCAUGCCCUCCAUCCCAUGUCCGCUGUCAGUAAGGUCUUGGAGUUUGGUAUGGUGUUUGGAGACUGGAAAGCGACUGCGAAAAGAGACGAUUUCUUCCAGGUCGCAGGAACCGAUUCAAACACUGGUAAAUCCGUCAACCUCGGCCAAAGCGAAAAUCCUACAAACAAAGGCAAAGGCCGAGCUGUGGAUAUUUCCGAUAACUUGAAUGUAGAUGAAGACCCGAUAACAAGUCGAAAGAAGAAUAACCUGAUCCCUGAUUAUGCCCUGAUGGUGGCGAGUGAUGGUGCACCGCGUGCUGUUGGGGAAGCAAAGACUCAUUGGAAACAAAAUUUUCUUACCGGAUGGGAUAAAUUUGUGGACAACAAAGAUGAAGGGUUCAUGAGGCAUCUCCUCGGUCAGGUAGGAAACUACAUGAUCGAACUUGAGCUAAAAUACGGAUUCUUGACGAGUUACAAUUACACAUUCUUCCUCAAAAGAGAGAAUGAAGGGGGGAGGGAAACCAUCUACUGUUCAAGGCCAAUUCCGUACAAUGCGACCUCGAGUAGCGAGCAUAAAAUAUCGGUUCGCCAGGGAUUACUUUUCCUGCAGCACUGUGUGCAGGGAGAUGGAUGGUACGCCGAGAAAAUUUCAGAGACAGGUAUCGUCAAGAAGAAAAAAGGAGAGUCAGCCAAGGAGGUGAGAGAGAGAAUGAAUAUUGCUGUGGCAAAGAAUAAAAAGGGCAGUCAGUCCGCCGCGAGUUUUGCUGAAGAUGAUGAAGAACAACUGGCCAGGAAACUCGCAGGUAUGGAUAUUCAGGGACCCACAACUCGAAGCCGUGCUCGUUUUGCCGAGCCUCUUGAGACUGAGGGUAAUAAGCCUCGCUCUUCUGGCGGGAAAUCAAGAAAGUGA